CAAACUCGGCGAGUUCCUCCUGCAGCUGACCGGGUGUGAGCGGUGGUGGUGGGGGGCUAUAAAAGCCGGGUGCGGGCUGAGCAACGAGAGGCAGAACGAGAGCGGAGAGUGGCCGUGGUGGAGAAAACAAAAAUAAUCUCUCGCGAUGUCGUUUCGUUCGUUCGCGAUGUUCGUGCUGGCGGCGUCUCUCUGCGUCGUCCCCUGCACGCGUGCCAAAGUGUUCGCACGAUGCGAGCUCGCGAAGGCCCUGCACGACAUGGGAGUGGGGACAGACAGCCUCGGCGACUGGGUGUGUUUGGUUCAGGCCGAGAGCAGCUACAACACGAGGGCCACGUACCACAACUACAACGGCUCCACUGACUACGGCAUCUUCCAGAUCAACAGCAACUGGUGGUGCGACAACGGCAGCAAGGGGCACAACGCGUGCCAAGUCAAGUGCUCCGAUCUCCUUGACGACGACAUCACAAAGUCCGUCGCCUGCGCCAAGUUGAUUCUCAAGCAGCAGGGACUGAAGGCCUGGUAUGGCUGGAAGUCGAAGUGUCAGGACUUCGACGUGUCGGUGUACCUGCAGGGCUGUAAGUUCUAGACGUGACGCCGCAGGAGGAGGAGACGGGGGCUUUGGCCGGGGGACGCCGCUCGCCCAACGUCGCUGCUGGGUUCAUCUCGGCUCGCUCCGAGCUUGCUUUGAAACACAAACAGACCGAAACAAAAACGGAAACAUUGCAUUGAUCACGCCACGGGAUAUUGACAAAGCCGAUCAGAAUGAUGUCAUCUGACAAUCUAUAGCGCGGGUAAUCGGAAUAUAAAUGUUUAGUGGAAGGAAUCCGAUGAGCUGUGAAGCUAUUUGAUCACAAGAUGUCCAGUCGAGCACGGGGUCAGAACGUGACAUCAAUGACCAAUACAAACUCACGAUAGGAGUGCACAGUAUAAGAAAUGUAAACAAAUUACUUGAGCAAUAUAUACGAAGAAAACUAAACUUUUUUGAGGUAAGGCGUGUUGCUCAGAGGCCUAUGGACGCCGCGGUGGCGAGAUGUUAACUACCUCGCCUGGCAUACAGGAGGUCGUAGGUUCGAUCCACGACCCUGACGCCUGCUGCUGUAUAUUUGCGCGUCUCUCCCGGUGGUGGCAUGGAUUUUUCUCACGCCUUUUAGAGUAUAUGGCUUCUAUACAUUUCCACAUGAUGAUGAUGAUGACAAAUAAGCCACUUCGUAGGGCUAUCAUUUGUGAUGGGCCCGGUCGCUUCUGAGAAGAAAACAACAAAUUCUUACCGAGUAAAGUAAAACAAAUGAUGUGCUAAUUAUGACGUCACCCGCUACUGCACUACACUGUGAUCAUUGGGGCAUCGUCUAUUAUCGAAUGGUAACACAACCAUGUAUACACACACACAGCCAGCCCUUGGGGUCUAUCCACUACUUCACCACGCUUGUUAAUGCAACCAGCACUAUAGAACCUGUUAUGCACCCAUGCACAAGCACUGUCCGGUCUGUAUAAUUGCAAAUUGUGUUUUUUAUAUUUACUGCUUAAGAAGAUAAUUUUCUAAUUGCGUGCGUUCAUUAUGUCGCCGUAACUACCAAUAAACCAAUCGCAUGUCGCUAUGAGCAAUG